CUCAUUAUAAAAUGCCCUGAGAGCUUCUUGUAUUCUACAAGUAGAAUACGGACACGGCUGACUGCACCCCUGGCUGACUGCAACAUAACUUGACUGACUCGCUUUACUUGCCCAUGCCAGCCGCUGUGUCCGUGGUGAAUCAUGUCAAUCAUACAUCUAGCUAACGGGGCUUCAAGCCUUCCCCUAGGCAAACUCUACGAAGCGUGUAGAAAUGCCACAUUUGCGCGCUUGCGCACUUCUUGUGUUGCUGCUGCCCAUGGCUUGGGUUCUGCCAACAUCAGCAACGAGCGUCAGGCUACGGACUGGCUCGAUUGUGUUCAAUGAGCACGCAUCAGACUCGCACCAGGCUGCACAAGCUGCCGCGGGCGACAGCUCGACCGUCGCCAGCCGCUCCGCCUCGAUCUCAGACCCAAUCAGCAGCCUGGAUCCGCUGGCCUACCGCUCUGCUGAGGCCUGGGGCCUGGCUCCCCUCCUCCGCCUGUACGUGGUGCAGUACUCACCGGAGGGAGGCAGUAGCAGUAGCAGCGGCAGUAGCAGCACUGGCGCUGACGCUUCGCCACCCGCCGCCGGCCUGCUUGUGUCUGCUGUGUCGGCUGCGGGCGGCUCCGUGCUGUCGUACGUGCCGGACUCCUCGCUGCUGGUGGCGGCGCUGCCGGAGGCGGCUGCGGCGGUGCAGCGGGACACGGGCGCAGUCAUGGUGGAGCUGGGCGCUGAACACCGCCUGGCGCCCGAGUGCGCGCCGCUUCUUGCACACGAGGCGAGCAGUGGCGCUGGCAGCGGCCGCAUCGACCCAGAGCUGGUGAGCCGACGGCGGCUGCAAGGACCGACCGUGGCCGGGAAGCUUCAAGGGCAGCAAGCACGGGCGCCGCAGCAGCAAACAAACCUGCCACUGCCGGACUUGCAGCAGUGCACCAGGGGCGAGGUGAAGCAGGUGCGGCUACAGCCGGUGGACGCAAGCGAGGAGGGCAGCGGCGGUCACAGUAGCAGUGGCGCCGCGAGUGGCAGUGGGAGUAGCAGCCGCCGCCUGGUUGCUACAGCCGCAGGCCAUAGCCUCAACGACGGCAGCAGCAGUAGCGCGUUGGAGAUGGCUCGGCGGGCGCUAUUGCGGCGCAUGCGGCAGCUGCCUCUGGCGGAUGCGCGGGACGUGCCUGCUGCAUUGGCGGGCGCCGCAGAGCAUGCGGCACGCCGCCGCCAGAUGGCGGCUUCGGAUGCUACAGCCGCAGUGCCGCCGCCGCAGUACGAGCUGCUUGUGGAGCUACUGCCGGUGUCCGCCGUGACGGCUGAGGCCGUGGCGGCGGCGGAGGCCGACUGGCCGGGGGCCAUGUCGGCUGCAUUUGAGGCGGCGACUGGAGCCCCCGUGGGCACCUGUGUGCCGCUGGUGUCGGCGGUGCGGGGUUUUGCCGGCCAGGCUAUGGUGGUGGAACAGCAGUCCGAGGACGACGCCGGAGGGGCUGUGGCCGGCGCUCGGCUGCGCGUGUUUGUGUGCGAGCAGCAUCUGUCCGCCGCCCUAGACUGGCUGUCUUCUCAGCCGGUGGUGCGCUGGGUGUCACCCCGCAUGACGCACACCCACCGCAACGCCCGCGCCAGCAUCCUCACCCAGAGCGGCUCGCUGACAGCCGCCGAGUACGCCGACCCUGUGGGAGACGGCAGCAGCGGCGCGGAAGCGGCGCGGCGGCCCUACUGGGCGGCGGGGCUGGACGGAAGCGGCGAGAUCCUGGGGUCGGGCGACACGGGUGUGGACCUGGACAACUGCUACCUGUCCGACCCCCGAUACGACUCGGGCGCAGUGGCGGGGCAGCUGGCGGCUGUGACCACACAGUUUCUCUUCUCACAGGUGGGUGUGCACUGUGCAGCGCCAAGGGUAUAACGGACAAACGACAUACCCAUCCAACUAGAAUGAAUGGGCACGUACAGUUGGCAUGAGUCAUCUUUGGCUCCCAAGCUUUUGCUGAUCCAUGGAGCACAUGCAACUGUA